CUUCUGGAGGUUAUUGUGAGGCAGCGCUGGGCUGGAGAUCUGUCCUGGGAAGCGGAUACAUCAGAGCAGGGAACAAGGGAUCUGAAAUCUGACAUUGUGUCUGGAGGGAGGCGAGACACGGAUCCGGGGAGAAAGGGCGUUAACGGGUCUGAGCGGUAAUUUGCCAGUUGAUUCAGAGUAUCUGGACCCAUAUCUGGGUAUAAACAGCAUCAUGGCCGAGCCAGACUACAUGGAGUCUGAUAACCCAGAACUAAUUAAACCUCAUAAAUUAAUAAAUCCAGUGAAAAUAUCAAGAAACCACCAAGAUCUUCAUCGUGAACUACUAAUGAACCAGAAAAGAGGCCUUUCACCCCAAAACAAACCAGAGUUACAGAAAGUGAUGGAGAAGAGGAAACGGGAUCAAGUUAUUAAACAACAAAAGGAACAAGCAGAACAGAAAAAAACUGAAUUUGAAAUAGAGCUACAGAAGCGGCAUCAGAUGUUAGAAGAGUUGGAAAUGGAGAAGAAUAAGACUGAGGAACAAGAAAAUAAACCAGAGUUUCUGAAGGUCAAAGGGAACCUCAAGAGAACGAACCAGGAAGCCAAUAGUUCUUAGACAUUCAAUGAGAUCCUGCGUAACUGUAGGGAUUGAUUUUUGUUGGUCUUCAAGUGCGAUAGACGUUUAUUGGAGGAAUACUUUGCCAGAAAAUUCCAAAUUCAAACUUUUAUCCAAUACAGAUGCGGAACACCUUGGAUAAGUUGGAUAAGACUAUAGGAUUAAAUGAACUGGGUACAGAGCUGUCGGCUGACGAAGUGACCUUUUUAAAGCUGGAUAGAUAGGCUGCGUAGGAAUCUUUAUUGCAGCACGCGCUGGAUCCAGCUUGAUGCAAAUGUUUUUUUUUGUUUUUUUUUUG